AUGGUCAAGGGAAACUUGACAGUCAUUUCAGAUUUUAUUUUUCUGGGAUUUACUGACUACCCCAAAGUUAAGGUCAUCAUAUUUGUGCUGUGCUUGCUGAUGUACCUGAUCACCCUGCUGGGUAAUAUAAUUCUGAUCUCCAUUACCAUCCUGGAUUCCCACCUACACAAACCCAUGUACUUCUUCCUCAGCAACCUCUCCUUUUUAGACAUCUGGUACACCUCUUCUGCACUCACUCCAAUGCUGGCGAACUUUGUUUCAGGAAGAAACACCAUCUCAUUCUCAGGAUGUGCUGUUCAGAUGUACUUUUCUCUUGCCAUGGGCUCCACUGAGUGUGUGCUCCUGUCCAUGAUGGCGUAUGACCGGUAUGUAGCCAUCUGCAACCCCCUGAGGUAUCCUAUCAUCAUGAACAAGAGCGUCUGUGUGCAGAUUGCGACUGGCUCCUGGGUGACAGGCUGCCUUAGUGCCCUGGUGGAAACAGUGUCUGUGCUGCAUCAGUCUCUCUGUGGAAAUAGCAUCAUCAAUCAUUUCACUUGUGAAAUUCUGGCUGUGUUGAAACUGGUUUGUGUAGACACUUCCAGGGUGCAAUUAAUCAUGCUGGUGAUCAGCGUACUACUACUUCCUAUGCCGAUGCUCCUUAUUUGUAUAUCUUAUGCAUUCAUUCUCUGCAACAUUCUGAGCAUCAGCUCAGUGGAUGGUCGAAGCAAAGCCUUUUCAACAUGCACAGCCCACCUGACUGUGGUGGUUUUGUUCUAUGGGACAGCUCUCUCCAUGUACCUGAAGCCCUCGGCUGUAGAUUCACAGGAAAUAGAUAAAUUUAUAGCUUUGAUAUAUGGUGGAUUAACCCCCAUGUUGAAUCCUAUCAUCUAUAGUCUACGGAACAAAGAAGUAAAAGCAGCUGUAAAAAAAUUGCUGAUUAGGAACCCUCUUUGUGCAGUGGCCACAGCUUCUAGUCUGAGCCACAUGAUCACAGGGGUAAACAACUGA